GACUAUCGUUGUUCCGGCAUGACUUACGUGUCUACGUCCUCCAUGACGUUCAGUGAAGCGUUGUCACGUCUCAGAGGAUGGAUUGGUAUACCGGUUAGAUGGAGAGGUCCUGGAGCGGAGACAGUCGGUCGUUACACCAACACGCGAGUCUUCUGUGGCGGCAUUCAGCUUUUCUCUCCUUACAGUCGAUUGCGAAUAUGUUGGCACUCACAGAAUUUUUCGACAUGCGCGUGAACCUUCCGACUGAAGUUCCCACGCAUCUUCCGGCCCAUCUUCCGAGUCGUCGAGAGAAGCGUUGCGCGCCUAAUCCAUGCACUACGGUACUUAGACUCAAGUCUGCGAUCGGCUCGUGCCUCGCCUCUCUCAGACUGCCAACCAGCCAGCUGAGAUGCUGCUCGGCCGGCUGGGGACGCAGAGGUGCAGGGGUGGUCCUCCCUCUGCGAUGAGCCUGACAGGGUGGUUCAACAGCGCUAGCCUCGGCGGCGUCGAGUGCGAGCCUCAGGGCCAGUGGUAUCUCGGAUGGCGUGCCGCGGGCGUCGCUCGAGGUACUUACAUGUGUGCUGACGGGAGGGCGGGCGACGACAAGUCGGUGCAAACGGCGGGGGUGCGACAAACUCGCGUCCGCGGGACGACGAUGCAGGCUAUGCACGCCGGCCCUCCGCGACGAGCCUGUCGGGGUAGUGAGUCUGUUUUCCGCAAGGAUACUAUCGCUUCCAUCUCACCGCGCAAGAAGGCGAUCCUAGAUCAGUUCGCAGUCUGUCCUGUGGCUUCCUCUGACUUAGAGCAUCGAAGCAACUUCUUUCGCAACGCUCCAAGUAUCGGGCGGCAAUCGAGUAGAAGCUCAAAGAGGCAUAUAUCGCUCGUCCGAACGAGCUGUGAGGAGAAGCAAGCUGGGACACGAGAAACAGCGGAUCGUGAAUAACGAAGUGAAGCUCGGGUCUGCCCACUCUGCCCCGGCCGCGGUUGUUUAACCUUACGUUUCGCAAACGGUGGACUGGAUGGCUGCAAACGCUGGAAAUGGUCCCGGGAAUUUCCGCCAU